CGUCCGCCACCCGCCUCCGCGCCCGGCUCUCCGCUCCGCUCCGCGCGCCCGGGCCAUGGCGACCUGCGUGCGGCUGCCGCGCUGCGGGGCCCCGCGCCUCCGACCCGCGCUCCUCGGCCCCCGCGCCGGCGGCGGGGCGCCCCAGCCGGGCCCGCUCCGGACCUACGCGCCCCGCCCGGGCGGCCUCCCCGCGGCGCUGCUGCGCACCGACUCCUUCGUGGGCGGCCGCUGGGUCCCCGCCGCCGCCGCCUUCCCCGUGCGCGACCCGGCCAGCGGCGCCGAGCUGGGCCGGGUGGCCGACUGCGGGGCGCCCGAGGCCCGCGCCGCCGUGCGCGCCGCCCACGACGCCUUCCGCGGCUGGAAGGGCGCCCUGGCCAAGGAACGGAGCGCGUUGCUUCGGAAAUGGUAUGACCUGAUGAUGCAACACAAGGACGACCUGGCCAGGAUCAUCACAGCCGAGAGCGGGAAGCCGCUGAAGGAGGCGCAGGGGGAGGUUCUGUACUCCGCCCAGUUCCUGGAGUGGUUUUCCGAGGAAGCGCGCCGCAUCUACGGGGACGUCAUCAGCACCGCCUCCCGGGAGAAGCGGGCCCUGGUGCUCAAGCAGCCGGUCGGAGUGGCUGCCGUCAUCACCCCGUGGAACUUCCCCAGUGCCAUGAUCACCCGCAAGGUGGGGGCCGCCCUGGCCGCCGGCUGCACCGUCGUGGUCAAACCUGCCGAAGACACGCCCUUCUCAGCCCUGGCGCUGGCCGAGCUCGCCAGCCAGGCUGGGAUCCCCCCCGGGGCCUACAACGUGGUGCCCUGCUCCCGGAGGAGGGCCCAGGAGGUGGGGGAGGCGCUUUGCACCGACCCGCUCGUGUCCAAGAUUUCCUUCACCGGCUCCACGGCCACCGGGAAGGCGCUGCUGCACCAUGCGGCCAACUCCGUGAAGAGGGUGUCCAUGGAGCUGGGCGGCCUCGCCCCGUUCAUCGUGUUUGACAGCGCCAACGUGGACCAGGCCGUGGCGGGGGCCAUGGCCUCGAAAUUCAGGAACUCGGGACAGACCUGUGUGUGCUCCAACCGGUUCCUGGUGCAGAGCGGGAUCCACGACGCCUUCGUGAGCAAGCUGGCGGAGGCGAUGCGGGCCAGCCUGCGCGUGGGGAACGGGCUUGAGGAGGGGACGACGCAAGGCCCGCUGAUCAACGAGAAGGCGGUGGAAAAGGUGGAGACGCACGUGAGCGACGCGCUGGCCAAAGGGGCCACCCUCGUGACCGGAGGGAAGCGGCACCAACUUGGGAACAACUUCUUUGAGCCCACGCUGCUCAGCAACGUCACCCGGGACAUGCUCUGCGCGCGGGAGGAGACCUUCGGGCCCCUGGCCCCGGUCAUCAAGUUCCACACGGAGGAGGAGGCGCUGGCGAUCGCAAACGCGGCCGACGUGGGGUUAGCAGGCUACUUCUACUCCCAGGACCCCGCCCAGAUCUGGCGGGUGGCGGAGCAGCUGGAGGUGGGCAUGGUGGGCGUCAACGAAGGGCUGCUCUCGGCCGUGGAGUGCCCGUUCGGCGGCGUGAAGCAGUCAGGCCUCGGGCGCGAGGGCUCCAAGUACGGCAUCGACGAGUACCUGGAGGUCAAGUACGUGUGCCUCGGCGGCCUGUAGGGUCCGCGUGCUUUAGGAAAUAAAGGAGCUCGCCUGCGCCCGUGGCACACGCCACCUGUCAAUGCACCCACAGGCGUCUGCACUACAGUAGCUUCUCUAGUCUCCUCACCCGAGGGUGUUGCCCAUUGAGUUUUAGAGAGUGGAAGGGGGAGAAACAUUGAUGUGAGAGAGACUGAUUGGUUGCCUCCCGCGCGAGCCCUCACCUGGGCUGGGGAUCAACCUGCAACCCAGGGGCAGGCCCUGGACCUGAAUCAAACCCUUGACCCUUUGGUCCGCUGGCGGGCACCCUAACCACCGAGCCAAACCCUAACCACUGAGCCAAACCCUAACCACUGAGCCAAACCCUAACCACUGAGCCAAACCCUAACCACUGAGCCAAACCCCAACCACUGAACCAAACCCUAACCACUGAGCCAAACCCUAACCACCGAGCCAAACCCUAACCACUGAACCAAACCCUAACCACCGAGCCAAACCCUAACCACCGAGCCAAACCCUAACCACUGAACCAAACCCUAACCACCGAGCCAAACCCUAACCACCGAGCCAAACCCUAACCACUGAGCCAAACCCCAACCACCGAGCCAAACCCUAACCACUGAACCAAACCCUAACCACUGAGCCAAACCCUAACCACCGAGCCAAACCCUAACCACUGAACCAAACCCUAACCACUGAGCCGAACCCGCUUUUAAAACUUGACCAAGUUUUUAAAGCUCAUCCAGACCUCCUCAUCUUAAACUGGUAGGACUCCUACCCCUCCCCUUACCUAACUAGGGACAUCAGGUGCCACAUGCCGUGGCUGCAGACUCCCCGCGACCCGCCUCGGACUGCCUGCCUCGAGCAAAGGGCAGCAGGCAGCAAGCUGGCCCAGUGGCCCCUCCCAAGGCUGGUGCCCUCUGGGCGUGACUCCACCCCCCGCACGUGGCUCAGAGCUUAGACCAGAGAGGGGCCCGGUGUCACCCGCCGUGUGUGUGUGUGUGUGUGUGUGUGUGUGUGUGUGUGUGUGUGUGUGAGCGCGCGCGCACGUACGUGUUCACAGCCCAGCGCUAAGAACGGUUUUCAUAUUCCCAAAUGGGGGAGGGAACAAUACUGUUUCAUGACACGAAAAUUAUAUGAAACUCAGACUUAGCGUCUGUAAAUACAAGGUUAUUGGAACACGGCCACGGCCCUGCACCUGCCAGAGGGGCUGUGGCUACUCUCCUGGCCGAGCCGAGGGCCUGUCACAGGGACAGUGCGGCCCCGAAGCCUGAGACACAAACCGGCUCUUAGAGAACGUCCUGCCCUGACCUGGGCCCGGAGGGAGGGACCCAGCCCCUGACUGACCUCGACCCCGAGUGGGCGGGCGAGGGACCGACCUACCUGCGAUUGUCGGUUAUCGGUUACUCGUGGCGAGCGCCCGCCUGUAACGGUAUCCUCUGGGCUGUGCCCAGUGAGUUCUCCCGAGAACUCCUCCCCGCAGUUAUCACGUAACUCAAAGGAAAAGUAAACGGAAAUACAAACGGCCCCAAAUCCUUAAAAAAGCAGCAUGUGUCCCCGACACGUAAGCCCUGCGGCUGGAGGCCUGCCCUCGUCCACUGCCCUCCCAAGGCCUUUCUCUCGUGUGACUCCUGAGGUGAGGACGCCGGAGCCGGGCAAACGGUCUCCCACGUUCGCCACGCGCACGAGGCCUUCGUGCGAUUGACGGGUGUUUCCGGAGCCCGGGGUUGAAGGUAAAUUAUUUCCCACGUUCCAGUGUCCACAAGGCCCUUAUCCAGUGUGAAUUCUCCGGUGUUUAAUGCGGCUGGAGCUACGGCUAAAAGAUUGCCCGUCUCCCCGGCCACAGGGUCCUGUAUAAAUGUGGUUCGCAGGUUUACACGUCCCCACAGUUCUCAGCCUUGAGGACGCACAUUCCCCACUGAGCUCCCCCCCCCCCCCCACCUCCAUGCAGAGUCCUCACCUGGAGAGCUCAGCUGCUUCUUGAUCCUCACCCCUGUGCGUGGCUUUUAACUACGAAUUUGUGCCAACUGUUCAUUCUCCUUCCCUGCCCCUUUCCUGGUGGGGAGACCCGUGAGGGCAGAAGCACAGCAGCUCAGCCGGCCUCACUGUGAACGCACUGUCCGUGCAGUAACCGGCCAUCGUGGUAACGACGUGCGCGUGGCCGGGGCAGCCUUUUACUGGCUCAUGUCUGUGCUGGGACUUCCUCGUGCUCUGUGUUGUGGGAUGAAACGGGAGUUCGUGGGAAGUGUGCGGACGGUCUGUUUUUCAGCUCCUGUCUCCCGGUUUGUGCAGCUGUCAUUAAUAAACGUGAAUUAACAAC